UCGGCCAUGAGAUAUCACAAGGGAACUCGUGUGUGUUUGUAGGUUUAUGUUUUUUUCUAAAAAAUUAAAGAAAAGAACCCUUUUGCUGUUUUUGCUCUUCUCUUCUCCAAUUCUCCUUGUUGAACUUCUUUUCUUCUCUUUAAAUUUUCAAGGAGGAGGAUGAUGACUUUUUAACAGCAUUUGUCAGAGAGGAACCAAGACAUGGAUAACAAGUGUGUUUUAUAUGCGACAGAUAGCACAAAUGGUCUUACUUGCUACUCUUCCACUACUUCAUCCUCUUCUUCUUCCUCUCCACUGGCUUUGGUUUAUGCAGACAUGGGUUCCCUCUCCCUAAGUCCCAAAUAUGGGGUAGUCCCAACCCUUUCCUCUUCUCACCAAAACUACGGCAGCCUUGAUAUUGAAAAUGGGAAUAGUUCUUGGGUUUUUCCUUUCAAUGCUAGCUGCUCAACAAGGAACUUUGAGGAGCACCACAACAGUAAUGUUGUUGAUUUCAGUGAUGGGUAUGGGGAAAACAAUGAGAGAAUUAAUCUUAACGAAGACCAUCCUAAUGAUCAGAACAUGGAAAAUGGCAAGGAAACAGAUAGUGGGCAGUCAAAACUUUGCGCCAGAGGACAUUGGCGGCCUACUGAAGAUGCUAAACUUAAGGAACUUGUUGCUCUUUAUGGUCCCCAGAACUGGAACCUCAUAGCUGAGAAGUUGGAAGGAAGGUCAGGUAAGAGCUGUAGACUAAGAUGGUUUAACCAGUUGGACCCAAGAAUCAAUAGAAGAGCUUUUACAGAAGAAGAAGAAGAAAGGUUGAUGCAAGCUCAUAGACUUUAUGGAAACAAAUGGGCAAUGAUAGCAAGGCUGUUCCCUGGAAGGACUGAUAAUGCAGUGAAGAAUCACUGGCAUGUAAUAAUGGCCAGGAAAUAUAGAGAACAAUCUAGUGCUUAUAGGAGGAGGAAGAUGAACCAAUCUGUGUACAGAGGAAUGGAUGAAAUUCCAAGCACAAUAACAGAUCAACCACAAGAUUGUUCUCUCAGUAUCCCAAGAAGACGAUUCAGCAAUAUCUCUCCUUUCCCAUUUGGAAGCUUCAAUGGUGGGGGAGGCGAAGCAUUACCAGGCUCUGGCUUUCCUCCACAACAAACACCUUUUCACUUCUUCUCCGGUUGUAAUAGUGAUGAAGUUAUGGGGAUUUUUAGGCAGAGCAGAGUUUGGGAUAGGCCAGUUGAUGAACCCCACAAUAUAUAUACCCAACACAAUCCGCCAUACAUGAUGGCAAUACAACAGUCAGAUUUACAAGUGCUUCACAGCUUCUCAGACUGCCCAGCACAUCAAAUUUCAGCAAGUGAAGCUUCAACAUCAGUUGCCCCAGCAAGUGGCCACAAUCAUGACACGGUCUCACCACCAUUCAUCGACUUUCUUGGUGUAGGAGCCACAUGAAGAAGAAGAAGAAGAAGAAGAAGGUGAAAGGGUUGUCAAUUUAUUAUUGUUAUUAUGAUUAUUUUUUACAGAAAGAUGAGUUAAUGGGGAUGUUUUCCAAGAUAAAGUGAGAAGGGGAUUAGAGGUAAAAAAGGAUGUGGUUGUUCCAG